AUGCACAACGAGCCGUACCGGCAGGGUAGCGACCCCUACCGCCAACCCGUCGACAACUACAGGCAGACGAGCGGUGACAAUUACCGCCUGAACGAUGGUCCAUCCGACCACCGUGACCCUUACUACGGCGAGAAUGGGCGCUAUGAUGAGCGGUCAGGCGGCAACGACGCGUUCCGCGCAGACGAGCCUGACCCAUUCGCACGCUCGCCGAGCCGCGAGGCGCGCGAGCGCGAGCGCGAGAGAGCAGACCCGUACGCUGGUUCAGAUCCCUACAACCCGUACGGCAAUAACGCCAACAGCGGAGGCGAUAUCGAACUGCGACCCAUCGCUGCGCAGAAGAACAGCCGGUUCAUCCCAGCACCAGCUGCUCUGAACACGAAAGAUACGCUGCUGUUCGCCACAGGUCUCGACCGCGUGUUCCGUUUAGUGGGAGUCAAGAUGGGCGAGUCAGCCGAGCAGGUCGUUCAGCGCCGUCAUCGUGGGAUGCCUGGACAGCGGUGGCCGGUGAUGGCAUAUCUGUUGACCAUCAUCAUGUGCGCUGUCAUGGUUUAUGAGCUCGUCGCCAAUAACAAGGCGCAGGGCACUCCAAUCUCGACAAAGCCAUACUUCAACUUCAUGAUCGGGCCGUCGUCGACCGUCUUAAUUAACAUUGGCGCGCGCUUCGCCCCUUGCAUGCGCGUUGUGCCUGGCAUUUCGCCCACUCUCCAGAUGGGAUGUCCCAGCAACACUGCCAACCCGCCAACAGAGCUGUGUACCAUCGCUGAGAUCUGUGGGCACGGCGGGUUCCCAAGUGGAACGCCUGACCAGUCAUGGCGCCUUUUCAGUCCAAUCUUCCUGCACGUUGGCAUUAUCCACUUGCUCGUCAACAUGUUUGCGCAGGUGACCAUGAACGGGCCAAUGGAGCGGAUGAUGGGCACCAUUCCUUGGCUGAUCGUGUACAUUGCAGGUGGAAUCUACGGCAACUUACUGGGUGGCAGCUUUUCGCUCGCAGGCAUCCCUUCGGCUGGUGCGAGUGGCGCCAUCUUCGCGAUCGAAGCUUGCGCUAUGGUCGACCUUGCACUGCACUGGAAGUACGAGGCACGUCCGAAGUUCAAGGCUAUGAUGUUCGCUCUUGAGUUCGUAUUAAUCGUGGCAAUGGGCUACAUCCCCUUUGCAGUUGACGGCCUGGCUCACCUGGGAGGCUUCGCAAUGGGACUGAUGCUCGGAAUCGUCCUCGUACCGUCGACGCCCGAGACUAAGCGCUACCGCAUGAUCGUCUGGGGAUGUCGCAUUGUUGCGCUGCCGCUUGCCAUUGUGGCGUUUGCUCUGACUACCAAAAACUUCUACAGCGACGACCCCAACGCGGCUUGCACCUGGUGCCGGUACCUGUCGUGCAUCCCCACGUCGGCCAACAAUCAGUGCAAGGGCACGGUAAGUCUGUGUGGGAACGAGUCACAACAUGACCUUUGUCGCGGCGAGGCACACACCGUUUUGAUUUCGUAUCUGAUCUGA